GCGUGUUUCGGGCUGCCGGUAUUGGGCGCACUGACGUCGGACUGACGCCAUCGAAGAGUCGGGUUUGUGUUGAUUCGUUUGUUGUUGUGUUUGGCGAAGUGGUUCCAAUUUACAAUAUUAGUUAUUUACUUAUUAUAUUUUCUCGGCGCAAGUGAGUUUGCAGGCUUGUCGAUUUUUCUUCACACCCUACCGACUGAACAACUACAAUAAUAAUAACAUCACCUUACUCGGCAACCCCGGUGUGUUCAAUUGCCCCGCGUAUUCGUCUCCGCCGCGCGCACGGUGCCCUUACUCGUUGGCCGUUGCUCUCCGUGCGUUUGACCCGUUGUCGGAGAUCGGUCGGAUUUCAGUCAUCGGUUGUGGCUGUUAUGGGCGGAACGCCAAAGAAUAUUCUUCACUUGUUUCAAAGAGCGCCGAACAACGUUGCCCGCUGCUAGACCGUGGAAUACGCCAAGAUUGAAUUUAACUUCUUAAACAUGAAUAGUAUUGGAGCAAUGAACUCUCCAGUGAAGCAGCCUUUGCCAACAGUAUUGGCUCCUCCUACUAUUUCAAAUUCUUCACCUUCCAAAGUACAACAACCACCGAAUUUAACUCCACUUAAUUUAAAUACUUCUCAAUCAGCUCAACCUUUGAGUCUUGUUAAUGAACAUAAAAAUAUUCCAAUUGUUAUCCCUUCGCCUAUUAUGACUUCUGUUGAAAAUAUUGUUCCAAAAUCUACCGCUUGUAAUGGUAUACCUGAUACAAAAGCAAUUGGUGAGAAAAUUGAAGAAGCACUGCCUAAAAUUGAAUCACAAUUACUACACAAUCAGGUAAAUAAUUCUGUCAAUGUUAAAAGCGCAAAUGAAUCUCCUCUUUCUGAAGUGAAACCUCAAAUAUCAGAAGUUGAAAAUCUAUCUCAAAAAAAAGAUGAUAAGAAUAACUUGCCAAUUGUUCAAACCGAUAAAGUAGUUUUGCCAGAAGUCAUUGUAACAUCUAUAAGUGAUCCUAUUAAGCCUGAAGAAUUACGUAAAACUGAAAAUUUAGUUUCUAAACCAAAAGAACACGAUGUAAAAGUCAGUCAGGAUUCCCCUGAAAUUAAGACUGUAGCGGAAACAAACCAAGGAACAACUGUUUCUUCUGAAAAAGCUGAACAAGCACCUGUAAACACUUCAAAAGUUAGUGUACGACGAAAAAGAGAACAUAAACAACUAGAAGAAGAAGACGAUAAGAAGGAAAAGUCAUUGAAAAAGGAUACACCUGUUGAAGAAAUUAAAUCAAAGCGUACUAGACUUCCUACACAACCUUUCCAAUUAUCAUUGUUGCCUGAAAUGCAUCAUAUUUCUAAAAUUUCUGAAAAACCCGUAUCUUCAAAAAUCAAUAGUGACAAAUUAACAGUGUUUUACAAAAAUGAAUUUUUGGCUGUACGAAAUGAAGAUGGAGGGUUUUACUUAUGUCAAGCUAUGCAAAAUAUUCAUAGAGCUAGUCGCCGCAUUCGUAUUCGAUGGCUAACUCAACAUCCAAAUGAUGAGUUUACGCCAGAUUUUUAUGACCAUACAGAAUUUGAUUGUAUUUUGACAAAUAUAACAUUAAAAAAAAUUCAGAAAGAACAAUGGAAACUACCUGAAAAAGAAAAGUUAAGAAUUGAAAAUAUUUUGAAACGAUCUAUUGAUGUUGAAAAAGGAUCAGAGAAACCUUCAGUAACUGAAGAACAUCCAGAUGGGUUGGACGUAAGUUUGUUCAAAGACGAAGCUCAACUAACAAAGAAAAAAGGUAGCAAAAAAAGCAUUACUGUAAAAAGGAAGGUAUCAACUGAUGAACAACAACCAGUGAAAAAGUCAUCUAGACUGUCUAAGAAAAAACCAUCUUAUGAUUUUGGGCAUUCUUCAUCUGAGAGUGACGAGAAUGAUGAUGAAGAUGACAAUAGUAACCAAAACAAAUCAUCAAACAAAAAAGUUUUGAAAAAGAAAGUUAUUGCAAAAGAACCUGCUAAAAAAAUAAUAGGCAAUGUGUCAAAACCGAAAAUACCAUCAGUUAGAAAAACACAAACUCCUGUUAAACCGACUUAUGUUCUGGCAUCUGUUUCAUCAGCAGUGAAGAAAAGAGAAAUAAUUGCUACAAAACAAAAAAAAGAAAACAGUAUUUCAGAUAAAAAGUCUUCCAAGAAAGUAGAACCAAAAUCUCCAGCUGUUCCACUGCCUUCAGAGAGAUCAUCAAAAACUAGAAAUGCGGGAAAUGCUGUUUCUGCUAAAAUAACUACUGCUGGUAUUGGAAUAGUUAAAAAUAACCCCAACGAUCGAAAAACACUAAGAAAUCGUAAAUGAUGAUAGACAUUAUAACACACUUUGUAAGUAAUAUAGUCUACUUGUUUGAACAAUAUUUGAAAUUCAUUUUGUUUAUAAUAUUAUCAAUUUAACUUAAUUCUGAUUUCUUGAAAGACUAAAUUUUUAUGUUUAACACAUACCAUAUCACAAAUUUGUUUUGAUGUGUUGAUUCACAUUCUUGUUUAACUUUUAUAAUUUUAUACUUUUUUUCGUUUAUUAUUUUUUAUUAAGUUUUGAAUAACUUAGGUAGCUAAUAGUAUUAAAUUUCAAAAUAAUCCGAAAAUAUUUAUAAGGUAAUUCAAAGUUACAUGGAUACUUUUUGUAAUAAUAGUACUUAAUGAUAUUAUGAAAUAUGCAUCAAUCUUAAUUAUUUUCUGAUGUCGAUGCCAACAUUUAAAAUUAUUAUUGUUACUUGAUCAUUAUUAAUUGUAUUUAUAUGUAAAACAUAUUUGUAAUACUUUAAGUAUAAUCUAUUUUAAUGUUUUUGUGAGUUAUUCCUUAUACUUCAGAAAUCAAUAUUUUUUCAACCAUACUUAUGCCUUAAAAUAUCUAAUGAAUAAUAAUGUUAAAAAUAUAAUUGAUUCUUAUUCUUAUAACAUUUCUAAAUACUGUAUUUUCCCUUCGCAUGUUUUGAUUAAAUACAUUUAUACAUGUUCAAAUAGUUGUAACUUUAUUUUAUAAUAAUUAUUUUUUGGCAUUGGCAUCUUCUAUAAAUUUCUCUAAACAUAAAUUAUUCAGUUACAAGACUAUAUUAUUUUCUAAUUGAUGACUUAAUUUAUAUUAUUUUUUUGGUUUUGAUUUAUUUCAAAAAAUAUUUCAAUAGAAUUAUGGAUGUGCACCAAGUUCUUGUAAAUGUAUUGACUUUGUAUUCCUUACGCACAAAAUUAUCUAGUUUAAAAAAUAAUUGUUUACUUCCAUGAAAACUUAUUGUUCCAAAUGUUAAUUUAUUACUUACAGUACAAUUCAUUUAAUAUUAUAAUUAAUAAGUAUACAGACAAAAUGUAAGCUCUUUAUAAUAAUGUAUUGUACAUAAUAUGAUUUAGGAUAAUAUAGCUAAUACACAUAGAUAUAUAUUUAUAUAAAUAUACAUAUUAAUGAAUAAUAUUAGAUUACAAUUUUAAAUCUUAUAUUAUUAGUUAUGUAAGUUAAGAAAAAAAUGAUUGUUUUGAGUGACGUGGUUUUGCCAUAUUUGCAAUAUCAUAAUAUUUUUUAUUAAUUUACAAGUGUUAAAUUUUAUUGUGUCUGUGUGCUGUAAAUAACCAUGAAUCUAUUCUGGUAUUGAUGUCAACCUGCUUUGAUAUUGUUUGUAAAUCUAUUGAUUUUAUUUUUUAUUUAAUACCAAUAGUAGGGGUAUGCACAUUAGAAAAACAUAUUUAUUUACCAACAACUUUUUAAUUAUAAAAAAUAUAUAUACAAGGAAAAAAUUAUUAUUGUAAAUAUUAUAAAUUUGAUUAAUUAUUUUAAGUGAAUUUAAAAAUAUAUUCAAACAAUUUAUUGUA